AUGGUGUCCUUUUGGCCUUGGAAGGGCCAGGACGAUUCUCCAGCCUCCUUCGAAAAGACCCUCUCCACGCUGUCCACGAAGAUCGCCCAGGCUACCACUCGACUCGACCAGCAGCGCCAGACUUCUCGUCGCUUCAAAGCUCUGUGGACUCUAUACUCUACCUUUGCAUACCUAUUCUAUUCUAUCGUACUUGCACUUGUGCUAGGAUGGGAGACAUGGGGUGUCAAGGAAUACGCCGCCAUCGCUGGCGGCCCGGUUCUGAUCUACGCCGUCCGAACUAUCGGAUCCCGUUUAUUUGAAUACCGCAUUUCCAGAACCCAGCGCGGUGUUGAUGAGCUGCAGAAACAGCGCGACAAGACCAUCGAGAAGCUCAAGACCGCCACCAAAUAUAAUUCCACCCAGCAGCUCCUGGAGAAAUACGGGGGCGGGUCACCAACGCAAUCUCCUGCUCCCAAGGGUAACUCCGAGAAGCCCAAGCCUGUUACUCCCAAGCAACCUCACGUAGCCCGCACGGGGCUACCUCCUCCGCCAACCGCCAACAUCCGCCGUCCUUCUUCCCAGCAGCCCCGGCUACCCCAGCAACCCCAGACCGGAGAGGAAACAUAUCAGAAUCCAAACCAGAAACAACCCUAUCCCAAUGCUCCUCCUUCCCCUCAAUACCAGCAGCCACAGCCACAGCCACAAGACCAGCCUGACUUCGCACCCAACGCCUUCCCCGGCCAGCAGGGUCCAUACAUCGAACAACCACACUGGUAUGACCGCCUCCUGGAUGUUCUGCUCGGCGAAGACGAGAUGCAACCCCGGAACCGUAUGGCCAUGAUUUGCACCUCAUGCCGACUCGUCAACGGCCAAGCUCCACCCGGUAUCAAGACUCCCGAGGAACUCGGUCGCUGGCGCUGUGGUAGCUGUGGGAACUGGAAUGGCGUUGAGAGCGAGACGACUAAGAUCUUGUCAACCCUGAGAGAGACUGUGGCUCCGGAGGGAACUCUCGACCAGACGAGCACGGAGGUGCCCACCCAAGAGGAAUUCGCAGACGACGACGACGAGGUCAUUGUUUCUCGUGAAGACCAAAAUACUCCAUCACAGGACUCGGAUGAUUUGGAGGAGACUCAGAACACCCCGGAGGAAGAUUCCAAGGCUGAGCCUGUUCGACGUUCGAAACGGAAGGGAGCGAAGAAGUAA